AUGUCUCGCCCAAAGGUCGGAGCCAUCGGAGCCCUAAUUGUCGUUUCUUUCAUUUUAUGCGCAGUCGCAACAUUUACAAAAAAUUGGAUCAACUUUACUAUCUUAUACCAGAGCCGUGGCAUUGGAAUCGUACCAUAUGAUUCUGGAAUCGGAGGAUGGUUUUCUGCUGCUAGUUGGAUGAUGUUCAUUUCAUUUGGACUAUUCUUCCCGUUAAUUCUGAUAUACUUGCAUGCUGCAUACAAAGUCCACCAUCAUGGAUGCUGCCAUAGUAUCCGUCACAAUUUCCAUGGCAUUUCACUCCUAUGCUCUUUGAUUGUAAUUCUUCAAGCAAUCGCUUUCAUUCUGAUGGCUGUCAAUGCUUCUGACUUCAGUUUUGGUUUUCAAGGCGUCAAAUAUCUUAACUCAACGCUUGGAAGCUCAGCUUAUUUGGCCCUAUCAUCUGCUAUUGUCGCUACUGUCGCAAUGUCUCUCGCCGGACAUGUUUCACGACAUGAUUGUCAUUGA